CAACCCAAAAAUCCGAAAUGACACCCUUAGUCAAGCAUGUAGCCAUGGUAAGAGGGAUCCCAUUAUGGUGAACCCGUGAGCGGUAAAAAAAUGUAGAAUAGAUAUGUGAAAUUCAACCCCUCCUGAACAUUUGAAUCUGAUUUCCGAUUAGGAAUUUAAAGGCAUUACUUAAUCAAUCACCAGUGAGUGGCACCUCAGCUUGACGGUGGUUGUUGGUGAAGUGGUGGUGCAAAAAGGGCUAACUUCACCAUUGACGCACUCAAUUCAUUCGAUCCUCUCAUCUAUAGAUUAAGAUUAUUGGUAUUUCUAUCUCUCUUCAUUUUCAUCACCAAAAAUGAGCAGAAGAAGCUUGAUAGCUCGGGCUCGCAAUCUCAGUUCCCUCUUCCUCAACAACCAUUCAUUUCUCCGGCACUGUCGUCAUUCUACGUCACCACUCCACUCCACCGCCGCAACCUCAGUCGCUAAUCACUUUCAAAAUCUAUGCCUUCCAAUCGGUACUACAAUGGCGCAGUUGCAGCAGCAGAAGCUGCUUCUUCAUCAUCAUCAUCAUCAUCAUCAUCUCAAUCUUGAUUUCAGUUUUGACAAAACGCCGAAAACUGCAAUUCUCAAUCAACGAUUUCACUACUCAUCCGAAUCGACUCCGAACCCUAACCCUAACCCUAGCCCGAAUACGAAGCAUCAGGAGAUUGAAGGUCCAACAGUGGAAAAGGACGAAUCGCCUCUCGCAAACGAAAGCAGGGAGGUGACACAAUCUCUACUCAAAACCAUGUACAAUGUCAGCGGAAUUGUUGCUUUGUUAGGUCUGGCUCAUUUAGGCAUUGGUACUUACUAUUGUUACUGUUAUACCAAUGCUGCUGCUGCUACUGCUACUACGGCUAAUUCCUCCGCUCAGUUGUUUGUGAUGAGUGCUCUGGCUUUCGGGUUCCCGUUUUCGAUGGCGUUUAUGCUAAGGCAAUCAUUGAAAUCCAUGCAUUUCUUUCAGAAGAUGGAGCAAAUUGGGCGUCUUCAGAUAUUGACUAGUACUAUGCAAAUUUCCAAGCAACUCCGUCUCUUCUUUGUUCGUCUUCGUGCUAUUUCUUAUUUAUGUCUUGCUGGUUUGUGCUUCUCUUUUAUCUAUUCGCUUUCCUAUAAUCUUUGAUUACUUCAACAAUACUAAUCUUUGUUUCAAACUAUCUGGCUUUUCGUUGCUACAUUAAUUAAACGUCCUUUUUUGCGGAUCAA